UGAAAUAGGAUGAAGGAAAGCAUGUAGUGAGGUUAAAGUUCAGAAGUACUGGUGUUUGGAAACUUGAUGUCAGUUUUGGUGAUGAACCUAUUAGAGGAUCUCCUUUGAUAAUCACUGUACUCGAAAAGCCAGGUCUGGUGAAAACAAUAGAAACACAAGGAAAUAAGGCAUGUGAUGUAGUGAUGGCUGAAGAUGGUUGUCUGUUAGUGUCAGCUUUGAGCAAUGAAAUUCACAGGUAUAAACAAUCAGGAGAAUAUGCCAGUAAGAUAACACUACCAUCAAAUGUGAAGGUUGAUUCAUUGUACAAAAUGAAAAAGAAUGAUUUGAUAGUAUUUAUUGAUUAUGGAAAUAAAUGCAUAACAUUAUGCAAAUCAGAUGGUGAUGUGGUCAAAUCAAUUGGUAAGGGAGUGUUAAAGAAUCCCUAUGGUAUUGCUGUAGAUGAGAAAUUAAAUGUAGUGUAUGCUGCAGACCGUAAUGAAGACUGUGUGUUCAUGUUUAACAUGGAUAAUGAUCAGAUGAUCAGAAGCAUUGCGUCAAGAGGUUACAGUGAAGGUGAAUUGUGGGCACCAUGGGAUGUUACUAUUACUAAUGAAGGACAUCUCAUUAUAGCAGACUGUUGUAAUAACAGAUUACAAUUAUUUGACAAUGAUGGCAAGUUCAUCAAGGUUCUUGUAGGUGGAGGUGAUCAGGAUGGUAAGGUGCAGUGUCCAUAUGCAGUGUUAAUAGAUAAGGAUAAUAACAUGCUUUUAACAAGUGAGACCAAACUACAGUUAUUCAACAGUGAUGGACAUUUCAUUAAAAGAAUUGAUCAAAAAGAAGAUGGAUUAAAUGGUCCUUUUGGAUUAUCAAUAGUUUCUUAUAAUCCAAGAAGAGUUGCUGUAGCAAAUUGUAGUGGUAGGAACAUUAAAAUAUUUAAUUACUGAAAUCAUAUAUAACAUACUUUUACUCAUCAAACCAUUCUAUUUUAGCUGAUGUACAUAAUGAAUCAAUUCCAUUAAAUAGCAAAAAAAAAAUGCAUUUUUAAACAAAAUUUAGAAUUCCAUAUUAAAUUUAUUGAAAGCAAAUAAAAUGCCCUUGCUGGGUACAUGAUUAAUGAAAAGUAAAUUAUUUGUUAAGUUUGAUUUCAUCAUACAGUAUUAGUUUCUUUCAUUUGACAGAGCUAAAGGACAGAUUUUGACCAUGUUAGCAUAUGAUUCAUGUAUACGUCUAUUUUGAUUUAGUACAUUAAUGUUUAAUUAAUAUAGUGAUCAUUUGAAAAUUCAAUCCAUUGUAUUGGUAUAUUACCAAAUAAAUGUUAAUUCAUUAAAAGAAAUAUUAUUAUUAAAGGUUGUAUUACACUGCAUGUAUACUUUAAUUGAAGGUGGCCUACUUAAUUAUGAUGUUAUUAAGCCCUAUAAAAAUAUUAUGUCUUUUAGUUUUUACCCUAUUUAGUCUGGAAAAUGUUAUGAGGGAGGCUUUUUUUUAUUUAUU